UAGGUGGCGCCACCCCUCUUUCCCCCUUUACGCGCUCGGUCGCCAUACUUCGCAUUUCCCGUCGCGAAGUGUUGUAUUUUAUAUUCCAUUAAUUAGUGAGGAAUCCCUUGAUUCCUUUACCGGAAAAAUGGUGCAAAAGAAGCCCAAGAAGAAGGUAGGGAAGAAGGUAGCAGCUGCUCCCUUGGCAGUGAAGAAAGUCGAGCUGAAGAAGCAGACAAACCCACUGUUCGAGAAGCGCACUCGCAACUUUGGAAUUGGCCAGGACAUCCAGCCAGCUCGUGACCUGAGCAGAUUCGUCAAAUGGCCCAAGUACAUUCGCAUCCAGCGUCAGAGGGCUGUCCUCCAGAAGCGUCUGAAGGUUCCACCACCAAUUAACCAGUUCACCCAGACCCUCGACAAACAGACAGCAACACAGUUGUUCAAAAUCCUGGAGAAGUACAGGCCAGAGUCAGCUGACGCGAAGAAGAGGAGGCUAAAGGCUAGGGCUGAGGACAAAGUUGGCAAGAAGGAGGACACACCAACCAAGAGGCCAAACGUUGUGCGCAGUGGAACCAACACUGUUACAACACUCGUGGAACAGAAGAAGGCACAACUUGUUGUCAUUGCUCACGAUGUGGAUCCCAUUGAGGUCGUCCUCUUCCUCCCUGCUCUCUGUCGUAAGAUGGGAGUUCCAUACUGCAUCAUCAAGGGCAAAGCUCGUCUGGGACGUCUCGUGAGACGCAAGACCUGCACUGCAGUCGCCCUCACACAGGUUGACUCUGCCGACCGAGCCAACUUCACCAAGGUCGUCGAGGCAAUCAAGACCAACUUCAACGAUCGUCACGACGAGAUCAGACGUCACUGGGGUGGUGGUCUUCUCGGCAGCAAAUCAGCCGCAAGAAUCGCCAAAUUGGAGAAGGCCAAGGCUAAGGAGCUCGCCCAGAAGCAGGGUUAAGGAAACUUAGGUUUUAUACUCUCAUCUGGUCGAUUAAAAAAAUAAUAAAAACAUGAAAAAAAAAAGUAAA